AUGGAUCUCGAUCCUCCACAAAGCAGUGACAAUAUGUUGCCAGAACCAGAACCAGCUGAACUAGAUAUCGACCUUUCUCAGUUAGAGGAUAUAGAUGCACGUCGACAGCAAACCGCAUCGAAAGCUUUCUACGCGCGAAGCGUUUUGGCUCUACGGAACAAUGUCCCUACGACUCCCCUCCCCAAAGAUACGGAAGCAUCUCCCUCGAUCCCUGUUCCGUCAAUAACUUGCACAGCACCUGCUCAUUUGGACAAUCAGAUUUUUGUGAGCCUGCCGGCAGACAAUAUCUUUGACGAUAACGAGAUUGAGCAAAUUCGCCAAUAUGUAGCUUCCCAGAAUGGGAAUGUGAGCGAAAGCAAUGGCCUUGCAGCCAUGCCCCCGGACCAACACCAGAUACCCACUGAAACUUCAAGUGGUACGACGGCUGUUGAGGAUCGGAUGAAUCUGGAUGAGCCGCAGCCUGCGGUGGCCUCCUCAUCGAAAUCUUCUAAAGCCCCUGACGCGCCUGCGGUUGACGAAAAUGUCGCGCCUGAAUGGCCAGAGGUCCAGGAAGAAGAUUCUACAGGGUUUGAUAUCGUCGAGACAUGGUACAAUACCCUUGAGGACCCGACUCUCGAGGAAAGAGUACAGUAUGAAAAAGCAAAGCAGCAAGAGAAUCGGCGCAAGGAGAGGAUUGCCAGCCGGAAAGCUCUAGAACAGCUUCAGGCAGAACAAACUCUUGAGACUAUUCUAGAUUCCUCUGAUGAUGAGCUGCCCGACUCGUCGCUUGGCCAAACACACGGAGACACCGGUAAGCGCUCGGAUAUGGCAACUGCAAAUCGACCUUCAAAAGGUCCAAGAAAGCAGAAGAAUAGGGUCUCUGCUGCAGAAAGACGCAGAAGUAUGCAGCUAGGUCUCGACAUUGCCUUAGGACACCUAACAAGCAAGAAGGGCCCCGCAAAGAAGAGCUCUCGAAAGCGAAAGUCAGAUGACAGCAAUGGGGAUGUUCCAGCCAACGGGAACGGAAGCAAGAACAAUUUGAAAGACACGGAAUUUGAUCUGGACGCAUUUCUUUAUCCCGAUGUUAUCGCAGACGCUCAAGCAAACGCUGGGCUUCCAGCAAUACCGAUAUCUAAUUCCAAAAACAAGAAAACUGCACUCACCGAACUUGUCGCUAGCAUCCCUUCUGCCGAUCAGGACCAGGCCAAGUCCGACAAGCAGGCAAUCCUCGACGCAACCACAAAGUUCAGGAACAAAGCAAGAUCUGAUGGUAAGGGCGGGUGGAGGAUCAAGGGCAUGAAGACUAGUCUCUUCCAUCAUCAGCUUCUCGGUGUAGCGUUCAUGCGGGACCGGGAGAAUUCGAGCAGUCCACCCUAUGGGGGUUUUCUUUGCGACGUUAUGGGUUAUGGCAAAACAAUCCAGGCUUUAGCCAAUAUUGUCGAUGGAAGAUGCAUUGAGCCAGACGCCCCCGUCAAAACGACAUUGAUAGUCGUUCCACCUCAUCUUGUCAAGCACUGGGAGAAUCAAGUCGUCAAGCAUUGCGAGAAGGACGCCGUUGGUGAGGUCAUUACAUACUGUGCUCAGAACAGACUGCGUACCCUCGACGUUAUUCAAAGUCUGCAGAGGUACAGUGUCAUAAUUACGACAUAUGACGAGGUCAGACGCUCGUAUCCACGGCUGGAGCGCAAAGGUGAGGUUUUCGAUGAAAAGAAGAUUAUUGAGAUGUGGACAGAACUCUAUACCAAAGAAGUUGGGCCAUUACAUAAAAUCAAGUUCUUGAGGAUCAUCCUCGAUGAGGGACAUUCGAUCAAGAACCAUCUUGCCUCUACGUCAAUCGCCGUCCGUGCUCUCACCGGCCAUUACAAAUGGAUUUUGAGUGGAACGCCCGUGCCUAACUUCAUCACUGAGUUCUAUCCGCACUUCGAUUUCCUGGAGUAUCCGGACACGAAUGAUUACAGUCAGUUCGUGAAACGCUAUUGUGAGGACGACGAAGCCCGGCAGCGCCUACGGAACCUAUGUCGAACAUAUCUCCUCCGUCGGACGCAUUCCAGUCGACUCUUCUCGUUGCCUAUCAUCAAGUUACCUGAUAUCGGCGAGUCAGUCAUCAAGGUAGAUUUCUGUGAUGUAGAAAGAAGGAUUUACGACGAGAUCCUCGAGCAAUUCAUUUCAAAUAUCAAUGGUCUCAGCGAUGACACGAAUCCGUAUCUCGCACAGUGUCGGUGCUUUCUCACCAUGAUCUUGAAACUGAGAAUGAUCUCUAGUCAUUUGCUCACAACUCAAGAUCUUGUCAAGCGGCUAUUGACCUCAUCUCUUAUGAAAGAUCUUGUCGAAAUUGCAAGAGAAACAAGAGAUCCUGACCAUCCUUCAACUCAGAUAACAAAAUGGUUUAUCACUUUGAAGAAAGGAGUUUCUCUGCCCGCCGCACCACCAGAAAACGAAGAUCCGAGCCAGUCGGGGAAUGAGCUUAACGGAGACAGAGAAGAGCUUGUCAAACAAUUCCGCAAGUUCACUACGGAGCUUCACGAGAACGGUCAAUGGUACGAGCGAUUGAGAAGAACCAGCUGCCCACAAUGCGAAUUGACUCCAAUAAGCCCGAUCAUUACCAGCUGCAUGCAUCUGUAUUGCGAAGAAUGCUAUUUCGUUCUUAAAAAUAGUCUCACUUCUACAGAUGAGAAGCCAAUAUGUCAGACAUGCAACAACCCUAUCGCGGAGGCUGCAUAUUGCGGCACUGCCGAACCUAUCGUACUCGAUGAGCCGUCGGUCCCUUCUAGUUCGACUCAGAAUAACACCAGAAAGGCCAAACCAUCUUCUCGGAAACAAUCAAGCAGAUUUUUUGGCUCUCGGAUGUUCGCAACUGCCGCACAACGAUCACGAAUGAGGCAAACGGAUAAUGAGCAGCAGAAUGAAGACGAGGAGCUAGAUUGGAUCGCAGCCACUCAAGGGGGAAUGCCUGGUGCAAAGGUUGAUAAGGUCCGGGAAUUGGUCGCUAAUUGGAUUCAAGAAGAUCCAGAUGCCAAAGUUGUUGUUUUCACGCAAUUUCUUGACUUCGUUCGGAUUUUUUCCUUCAUAUGUACCAAGGAAGGCUGGACGCACUGUCGUUUGACGGGAAAGAUGUCAAUUGGAGCUCGCGACUUGAGUAUGAAAGAGUUCAGGGAGAAGCAAGAAGUGAAAGUGAUGAUUGCAAGCCUCAUGGCCGGUGGUACUGGGCUCGACAUGUCUAUGGCAAACAAAUGUAUCCUUGUGGAUCUCUGGUGGAAUGAGGCCAUGCAGCAGCAGGCGUUCUGUCGACUGUACAGAAUAGGGCAAGAGAAAGUGGUGGAGAUUGUCAAAAUCAUCAUCCAGAACACUAUUGACGACUACAUCCUCCAGCUACAAACGAAGAAGUCGGCGAACAUCAAUAGCACUAUUGGCGAAGAAGCAUUGCAGAAACGAGACACGAUUAUUGACCUUCUUGAAAUGUUCGCAGAAAUCGAGAAGCAAGAGAACGGUGGCAUCAGAGUCGAGGUGCGCCGCAAGGGGAAACAAGCCGACAAAGGCAACAAAAGCAACAAAGGCAACCAGCAAGGCACUGCGAAGCGAUCCAAGGGGAAAGACCGCGAUACAGGCGAUACAGGCAUUGGCUCAUCAACUUAA